UGUGCCUGCAGCCCCCCAGACAGCACCGUCCUGCCUCGGCACCAGUAUGGCCAUCUCCUCGCGCCUCGCACUCUGGGAGCAGAAGAUACGGGACGAGGACCGGGGUCCGCCCCCAUCGGCCCCCCCCCUACUCCUGUCGGUCAUCCCUGGGGGAUUCAUCAAGCAGCUCGUGCGGGAGACUGAGAAGGAGGCCAAGGCGGCAAAACAGAAGAAGGAAACCAAGGCGAGUGUGAAAGAGGAGCCCGCAGGGGAGGACGGCGAGGCCCGAGCCAGGGACGCCCCCAAAGGCCCAUCCUCUGCGCCUGGCCCGGUAGCGGCUGCCCCCAAACCAGCGGAGACUCCUCACCCAGAGGCUCCCAAGGCAGCAAAGCUGUCGUGCCUGGAGAAGAGCCCCAAGAACCCCUGCCCGGGGGGCAGCCCCCCGGCUCCAGCCCCCGCACCCAGCAAGGGCCCCCAGCGCUGCAGCAAAAUCCCAGCAAAGGACGGGGACGCACCCAAGGGGAUGGGCCCUGAGAGCACCAAGAAGGAGAAGGGGGCACCCCCAAGCCACGAGCAGCACCCAGCCAAGGCGAGAGCCACGAGGGAGCUGGGGCCAGCCAGGAAAGAGCCGGAGGAGAUGAAGAAAGAUGUCGGAGGUGGCAAGAUGGAGCCAAGGGAAAUCAAAAAGCCUGGAAAAACUACAAACAAGUCAGAGGGACCCAAGGGGGAGCCAGGAGGGAUUCAAGAAAAGUCAGAAGAUGUGGCAAAGGAGGUGGGGAAAGUGAAGGAAGAGCUGGGAGAGGGUAAAGAGACACCAGGAGAGAGCAAAGAGGAGACGGGUGAGAGCACAGACAAGGACCAGGCCCCGAGGGACAUUUGGUAUGAAGCAGAGAAGGUCUGGCUUGUCCAGCAGGAUGGAUUCACACUCGCCACGCAGCUGAAGCCGGACGUGGGGACGCCCGAGCUGCCGGUGGGGAGGGUGAGGGUGCGCCGGGAGGCGGAUGGCAGCAUCACGGAGGUGGACGAGGACAGUGUGCAGCGGGGGAGCCCCCCCCUUGGUUUUGGGUUGUUUUGGGACGUGCCCUCCCACUCUCCCUGCCCGCAGGCAUUCAAGGGGAAGCGGGACAGCAUGCCCCCGCACAUCUACUCGGUGGCGCAGAGAGCCUACAGGAACCUGCUGAUGCAGCGGCAGGAUCAGGCCAUCGUGCCCCUGGGGCGCAGCGGGGCUGGGAAGACCACGUGCUGCCAGAGCGCCCUGGAAUACCUGGUGGGCACAGCGGGCAGCAUCGACGGCAGGGUCUCAGUGGAGAAGAUCCAGGCGAUGUUCACAAUCCUGGGAGCCUUUGGGUCAGUGACCACCAGCCACUGCAGCAGCUCUACGCGCUUCUCCAUGGUCCUGUCGCUGGAUUUCAGUGCCACCGGCCGGAUAACUGCUGCUCACCUCCAGACCAUGCUGCUGGAGAAGGGCCGCGUCGCCCAGCAGCCCCAUGGAGAGAGCAGCUUCAACGUCUUCCCCCUGAUGCUGGCGGGGCUGGAUACUGCUUCCAGGACGACACUGCACUUGCACCAGGUGGCUGAGAGCAACUCCUUUGGGAUCAAGCCAUUCACAAAGCCCGAGGAGAAGCAGAAAGCCUCAGCGGCGUUUGCCCAGCUCCGGGCUGCCAUGGGCACGCUGGGCAUCACGGCGGAGGAGCAGGCGGCCGUCUGGCGCAUCUUAGCCGGCAUCUACCACCUGGGUGCUGCUGGGGCCUGUAAAGUUGGCAGGAAGCAGUUCAUGAAAUUCGAGUGUGCGAGCAACGCCGCAGAGGUGCUGGGCUGCGACCUGGAGGAGCUCACCACCGCCGUCUUCAAACACCACCUGAAGCAGAUCCUGGCGCAGGUCAUGGCACGAGGCAGCCGGCUGCCCCCGGCGGAGGAGAGUCUGGCAGGGCCCAAGAUGACGGGUGUGGAGUGUGUGGAGGGGAUGGCUUCGGGUCUCUAUGAAGAGCUCUUUGCCGCGGUCGUCUCACUGAUCAACAGGUCUUUCUCCUCCCAGCACCUCUCCAUGGCCUCCAUUGCGGUGGUGGACACUCCUGGCUUUCACAACCCACGGCACCAGCGGGGCAAGCGAGCAGCGACUUUUGAAGAGCUCUGCCACAACUACGUGCACGAGCGGCUGCAGGCCCUUUUCUACGAGAAAACCUUUGUUUCAGAAAUGGAGAGGUACAGAGAGGAAAAUGUUGAGGUCUCUUUUGAUCUUCCAGAGCGCUCGCCACUGGCCACGCUGUCCAUCAUUGACCUGAGCUCCUCACAGCCGCAGGUGCUGCCCAGCAGCCUGGGGGCCGAUCGCAGGGGGCUGUUGUGGAUCCUGGACGAGGAGGUGCUGAUCCCAGGCUCCGGGGACGAAGCUGCCUUCGACCGCCUGUGCUCCUACUUCAUCACGAAGGGACCCAGUCAGGAGGGGGACAGCUACAUGCGCAGGUGCGAGCAGGCGCUGCACUUCGAGAUCUCCCACCAGCUGGGCACGGACCCUGUGCGCUACGACCUCACGGGCUGGGUCAGCAAAGCCAAGCUCAACCUCUCGGCACAAAAUGCCAUCCAGGUGCUGCAGCGGUCCAAGGUGGAUGCUGUGAAGGAGCUGAUGUUGCUGCGCUCGCGGGCGCUGCUGGCCUGCCGCGCCGUGGCGGGGCUGGAGGGAUGCUCCCAGGCGGUCCUGCACCGCAACGGCUGUGUGAGGAAGACCUUCGCCAGCAGCUUCGCAGCUGUGAAGAAGAGGUCGGUGUGUGCUCAGCUCAAACUGCAGGCGGACGCGCUCACGAACCUGCUCCGACGGUCCCAGCUGCACUUUGUCCACUGCCUCCUCCCGGGAGUGGGGGCGGAGGGGGUGGAGGGCCCGGUCCCUCGGCCCCCUGCACUGCCUGACACAGCCCUGCGGCUGGACGUGCCGGCCCUGCGAGCCCAGCUGGAGGGGACCCAGCUCCUGGACGCCCUGCGCCUCCACCGCAUCGGGUAUGUGGAUCGCCUGCUCCUGACCCAAUUCCGACGGCGCUUCCAGGUUCUGGCUCCGGACGUCAUGAAGAAGUACACCUCUGCCUACGAGGUGCCAGAUGAGAGCAAGGCCAUAGAGGAGCUCUUCCAGACACUGGAUCUGGAGAAGGCCAUAGGACGCAGCCAGAUUUUCCUGAAGCCGGGGGUCAUCUCCAGACUGGAGAAGCAGCGUGACAAGCUGAUAGCCCAGAAGAUGAUCCUGCUCCAGGCUGCUUGCAAGGGCUUCCUCAGCCGUCAGAAGUUCAAGAGGUUGAAGAUCCAGCGCCUUGCCGUUCACUGCAUCCAGAAGAACCUGGUGGUCUUCCAGGCAGUCAGGCACUGGCCCUGGUGGCAGCUGCUGAGCCGUGUGCGGCCCUUGCUCAGCGUUAACCUCGCGGAGGAGCAGCUUCGUGCAAAAGAAGAGGAGCUGGCAAUGCUGAGAAGGAAGCUGGAAAAAUCCGAGCAGGCGUGCAGCGAGCUCAGGCAGACUGCAGAGAAGCUGGAAAGCAAGAUCAUCGACCUGACGACGGAGCUGUCGGAUGAGCGGUACAAGGGUGAUGUCGCCUGCCAGGUCCUGGACGGGGAGCGGGCAGAGAGGCUGCGGGGCACCCGCGAGCUGCAGGAGCUGCAGAGGAAACACGACCAAGUGCAGAAGAAACUGGAGUCGGUGGAAAAGCAGCUGGAAGAGGCCCAGCAGCUGGUUCAGUUGCGUGAGAUGAAGAUAAGUGGCUCUAUCGCCUGCCUGCAGAAGCGGGUGGCGCAGCUGGAGGAGCGGCUGGAGUCCGAGCUGGGCGUCAAGACGGGGCUCGAGCAAAAGAAUAAAUACCCCAAAGCUUCCUUCAAGCUUAAAAAAUUACUUUUGCACCAGAACACGGCAAAAUUCGACGUUGGUCAAGCCUCAGCGAGGUGCAGGCAGCGUGUGAGGCAGCCAAGAAGGUGAGCCAAGAAGGUGUCCCAGCAGCUGCGGCGGCGGUGCAGGCAGCUGGCCUGUGAGCUGGAGGAUGCACGGGUGCUCGCCGAGAGCCAGCAGAGCCGCAGCCACGAGCUGGAGAAGAGGCAGAAGAAGUUUGACCUGCAGUUAGCCCAGGCCCUGGGAGAGUCUGCCUUUGAGAAGAGCCUCCGUGAAAAAGUGUCACAGGAGAACACCAGCAUCCGAUGGGAGAUGGGCAAACUUCAGCAGAGCUUACAGCAGAAGGAGGUGGAGGUGGCCAGCCUGACACAGCGGACGACCAUGCUGGCCGGCCGGGUGCAGGAGCUCAGCACCCCCAGCGCCCUGGAUGCCCGCGCCGCGCCCGCACUCAGGAAGCAGCUCUGGGACCUGGAGGCCAGCGCUGCCGAGCAGCAGAAAGAGCUGGAGCAGCAAACGGCCGCUGUCGAUCACCUGGAGCAGCUCCACCAGAGGCUGGAGCUGGAGAUAGAGCGGAUGAAGCAGAUCCACCAGAAGGAGCUGGAGGACAAGGACGAGGAGCUGGAGGACGUGCGGCAGUCCUGCCAGAGGAGGCUCCGGCAGCUGGAGAUGCAGCUGGAACAGGAGUACGAGGAGAAGCAGAUGGUGCUGCAUGAGAAGCAAGACCUGGAAGGGCUCAUCGGCACUCUGUGCGAGCAGAUCGGCCACCGCGACUUCGACGUGGAGAAGCGGCUAAAAGAAAGAAACCCAAGUGAGCAAGGGAAGGAACUGGAUGUGCAGUUGGAAGAGAGCAAAGCAAAGUGCGCGGAGGCCCAGAGGUCCCAGCAGACGGCGGCCGUGGAGCUGGAGAACUUGCACACGGAGCUGGAGACCCUCAACAGAAACAAGACCCUGGUGGAUGAGCAGCUGUACCAGCUGCAGCACGAGAGAGCCGACCUCCUGAAACGCAUCGAUGAGGACCAGGAAGACCUGAACGAGCUCAUGGCAAAGCACAAGGCUCUGAUCGCCCAGUCAGCAACGGAUAUCGCUCAGAUCCGGGAGCUGCAGACACAGGUGGAGGAUGUGAAGAAAGAAAAGCAGAGCCUUCAGGAGAAGCUGCAGGCAGCGCAGGCAAGAGCGGUGCACCUGGAGCAGUGCCCGGCUGAGCGCUCCAUCGUCAGCCGGCAAGAAGCCCACAUCCGCGACCUGGAGAGCCAGCUGGACUUCCAGGCUGUGCAGAUGAAGCGCUUUGAGGUGCUGGUGCUGCGCUUGCGAGACAGCAUCAUAAAGAUGGGCGAGGAGCUGGAGAAGGCGGCUGAGUCGGAGGCGCGGGAGAAGGAGACCACCAGGUACUACCAGAGGAGGAUGGAGGAGAUGAAGGCUGACAUGGAUGAGCUGGUGCAGAGGGAAGUGGAGUCCAGCCGCCGGCGCGUGGAGCUGGAGCAGCAGCUGGCGGAGCUGGCGGCGGUGCGGCAGGUCCUGCAGGCUGACCUGGGGACCUCCAUCCGGCGCAUCGCCGACCUGCAGGUGGCCCUGGAGGAGCUGCGGUCCAGCGACGAGAGCGAUGCCGAGAGCGUGCAGACGGCGCGGGAGUCACUCUGCUCUAGGAGGGAGACGGAUGCCUGCUCCAGCGUCGGCUCCACGCUCAGUCUGGAGCCUGCAGAGAGCAUCAAGUCCUGGCCGGGGUCAUCGGUGGGCUGCUCCCCGGCCAGCCGCAGCCCCCACAGCCCGAGGGUGGGCAGAGACACAAAGGAACCAGCAGCGAGCCGGCCAGCUUCUUCCCUGAGCUCUGCCAGGUCCAUCGAUGCUGCGGAUCUGGGGAGGAUGGCGAGUCCCUUGCUCGGUGCUAGAAGACGGGAAUACGGAAAACCUCUGGCAGAUGAAGAGGAACUCGAGGGCCCGAAAAAGGCUGCAGAUAGGAUAGGAGAGACAUCCCCACUGGUGCUGCGGCAGGGGGGCUCCCCUGCCCCGGAUGGGAGGUUCCCCAGCCCGCUAUCUCCGACAGUGCCGAGGAGGAGAGGGCUCUCUCCGGCAGCAGGGCCGGUGCCCAGCUCGUCAGCUGCCCUCUCCGAGUAUGUGGAGGAGCUGCGGCGGCAUCGGGGAGCGGAGCGGGAGCAAGGGCGCCCGGUGCUGGGAGACACCUCUCCCCUCCCCAUUUACCGCACCACCGGUGCCGCAGCCCUGCGGCGCUGCAGGGCUUUCCCAGUGGCGGAGGAAUCCCCAGGGAAGCUUGAUGGGAGUCAGCUGGGGGAAGGCGAAGGAGCAGGUGCCAGCCUUGUCCGCUCCUCCAGCCUGCGGAGCAUGGCCUCAGAGCUGGCUGAGCCGGCACGCUCUCCGGCGCUGAAAAGAGCAUCAAAGUUCGGCUCCUACGACUCCCUCCUGCAAACCUUCAAUGGCUCUGGCCGCCGGCCGAGCUCUCCAGCUGCGGGGAUGGAGGUGCUGGGCACGCUGCGGCCGAGCCCCUGGAGAAGCUUCCUGGAGCCGUCAGUGGAAGAUGUGGAGGUGGGAAGGGGAUCUGGGGGGCUCCUGAGCUCACCAUCCAGCGAUGGGCUGGGCGAGGGGAAGGGGAGCGACCCCUUCAGCUGGAGAAUACCUACCCUCAACUAUGAGAGGAGAACCAACGUCGACUUCGACGACUUCCUCCCGGCCAUUCGCAAAUCCCGCUCCACCAGCAGCCUGGCCAAGCCCAGGAGGGACAGAAAGGACGGCCACCGGCCCCUCACCGUCCGCUUCCAGGAUGAAGCUGUAGCAGGUGGCUCGGCAUCCUCUGAGACGAAGGGCAUGGCCAAGCACAGCCCGGCCCUCCGGGAGGACCCUGGGGACCUCUCUGACUCCUCUUCAUCCUCUGGCUCCCUCCUCUCCUCCCGGAGCACCGACAGCAUCAAGCGCCGGCCCCAGAGAGGGGACGGGGAGGGGUGCAGUGGCAAAGCCAGCACCCAGAGCAGUGGGGCAAGCCGCCGGGCAGAGGCAGAAGGGAAGGAAGAUGACGUCAACAGCAUCAUGAGGAAGUAUCUGGGAAAAGACUAAGCUUUGCUCAGGGCCAGCCGCGGGGACGAGGGACUUCCUUGUUCUCCUGCAGUUACUUGACUCAGGAGUUGGUGCUGUAAUUAAAACCCAGCGGCUGGCGUAGAGGCCUGAUAACAUGCCACUCUGGCCGGGGGAAGGCCACGGGGGAAGGCCACACUGUAAAAUGCUGGAGGAACACCAAACCCUCUCCUUUUUAACCCAGAAGGUGCAGCCCAGAUGUCUCAUCCCACGUAGCACUGCUCAAAAAUCAGCUGAAUGGCCGAAGGAUGCUUUUGGGUCUCGGUGUGACACUCAGCAACAGCGGAGCUCUGAAGCUUUUAUAAUUCCGUAGAUAUCUGAAGACAGAUCCGUACGUGCUUUCACGGCUCCUGCCUGUUUGGGACAUCUGGGCACAUCCCACUGGCUUGCAAGGCAGUGCUGUGGUGCGUGUGGCAAUGGGAGGCUGUAUUCAGAUGUCUGCUUGGUUUUUACACAAUAAAGUAUUUGCUUCUUUGA